AUGGCGGCACGGGGUGGCCAACCUCUACCUCUCUCGUACUAUCUGGAACAGGAGGUCCCUGCGGCGACGGCAACAUCAAAGAAAUCGUCAUCUAUUAACCCGUUCACGACACGACUCGGUGGACGUACGCUUCAUGAAGCACUACGUCGUGAUGAUGGGUUUCCUUCAAUUGUUGCGUUUCUUCUUGCUGGUGUUGACGUGAACGUACGAGACAAAAAUGGAGCUACGCCUCUUCACGUAGCGGUCGCGAGAGUUGAGUCUAGCCGCGAAGAAGAAGAGGAGGAUGACUACCCGCUUGUACCGGACUGCCCGAACCAACUAAUUAUCGCAUUCCUCAUCGAUAAUGGAGCAGAUAUCAACAGCCGUAAUGCUGCUGGUGAAACACCAAUGAUGGUUGCCGCCGCCAGGCGCAAUGUUCAUGCGCUUCGACUUUUAAUGUUGCGUGGAGCCGAUCCCCUGCGGCGUGAUGACUUGGGGCACACCGUCCUGCACCACGCCGCUCGAUUACCGUCUAUAUUGGAAACACUGCAUGUGUGGAUAGACGAUCUCCCUGUGCGGGCUGCACAGGAGUGUCUACUGCAUACUGUCUGCCGGCAGGGAAAUGAUGCGAAGUUCUCCGCACUCUUCUUUAUUGAACAACUAGAACUGAAUGUAAACGCGUUGGAAGGUGACUCUACUACUACUACUACUACUACUACUACUACUACUACCAAUACUACUACUAAAACUAAUGGUGAUAUUACUACAUCCAAGAAUAUAAUUUCCAUUACUGGGUUUAAUGAUGUGGGAAAUGGAUCUGUUGCCAAACCUCUCAAUCAACCGUCAUCAACAGGGGUCGUAAUUCAUGAUGGAUACACACCUCUGCAUUGUGCGGUACUUGCCGGAGAUCCCGCUCUUGUGCGCACCCUUCUAUUGAAAGGCGCUAAUGCUGAUAAACCAGACGCUACUGGUGUGACACCAAUUCAACUGGCAGAUGAGUGUGCACGAUCAGUGCGCUCGACGGGAGUAUCACUCCGGCGUUUUAGCAAUCUUUUCGCCUUACUACGAAAAAGUAGCGCUACUCCGAAAAAUGGUAACCCGGAGAAGGUCUAUGCAAUGAUUAAGGCUUAUCACGGGGAAGCAUCCUCUACAAGACGCGAAUCAAUGUUACAGCGUGAUGCUGCUAAUGAAACACUACUGUGGAACCUUAAUACUUCUAUGGAUGUCAUAUUUUUUGCAGCAGGAGCUGUUUUACCACAUGUUUUAAUGGCAUUAUGUGCAGCAAUAACAGUAAAGUUCUGGAUUCUUACUAUCAUCCUCAUCAUUUCUCUCUCAUGGUGCGUAGGCUUUAACCAGAAAGAUGCCAAAAGGUCAAACGCGAGGCCGCUACGCUCUGCUGGUCUUUUCUUUGGUUACGUAUUGGUGCUUGCUUUAUGCUGUAUAUAUCAAGCGGUAAGGGGAAGGACUCAGAUAACUUCGGUUGUUGCUAUUAUUUUGAAUUCUUGGAUAAUCACAUGUGGCAUUGGCAGUGUUGUCUGUGCCCUUGCAGUGAUGUUAAAAUCCCCAGGCACGGUGGAUUCCACUGCUGCGCAGCGUCUGGGUAUCUACAAGACCAUCUUUCAUUCAAAGGGUUUACCACCAGAGGAUGUGCGACAAGGCAUUGAUAUACGCUGUAUGGUGAAAAAACCACUGCGUGCCCAACGCUGUCGUCAUUUGGGACGUGUUGUACUUCGAUUUGAUCACUACUGUACAUGGCUCUCAAGUACCAUUGGCGGUGGUAACCACAGAGUGUACCUCUGGUUUCUCAUUUUUUAUACAGCUUUCCUUGGAGGAUGGUUGUAUCUUUUUUUCUUCUUGUCGUCACCGUUUGGGUAUACUACCGAUAGUAGUAGUAUUGGUAGUAAUGGUUCAAUUACUAUUGCUGCUUAUGGUGUUGGCCAAGUGAUGCAGUGUUUUGCAGAUAUUUACGUGGCACUUGCGCUUCCCGUUUUUUUUGCUUUCUUUUUAUUCACCCUCUUGCGGCAAUUGACAUAUAUUGGACGUGGUGUUACAUCAUAUGAUGUGUUGUGUCCGUCAAAAUGUCCGUGGUGCUUUAUGCUUGGUUCACGAACAUAUUCGCUCUUUGAUGCUGGAUUCAGUGAAAACAUGCGAGGUUUCUUUCUUAUGCGCGAGAACCUUUUGGCGUCAACAUAUCGGAUGCCAGAAAUGAACGCAAGACUGCAGCGCUUGGCAAAGGAGUAUCAGACACUGCAGUUCUCACCAUGUCAAGAGGGAGGACACUGCCACUCACACACGCAAGAAGGUCAUGGUCACUCCCACGGUGAUCAAUCAGUACUGAAUCAGGGGAUGCAGCAACAACAGCAAUUUCUCUUUCCCUCGAAUACAGGGAAUGUUAAUGUUUCUGCUCCCACUGUUUCUACUGUUGCUACGGCGGGUGCGACAUCAUCAGAGGUAGAAGCUGCAGCUGGACGUCUUUUCCAGCUAAUGGUUCAUCAAAACAGCGCAGAUAUAAGUGCGGGUAAAGAGUUACAGGGCAAUUUUUCUGCAGUAGAUUGGGAUCAGGUGGUAACAAAAGCCCAAACUAUGUUUGGCUUUUUCAAGAGUACCUUGAAUAGAGGAAACUGA